AUGAUGAUUUUUCCUGAGAAUUUUGCUCACUCCACUAGUGCUCCAUCAGUGGCCAGUGAACCUAUCAUGUCUAUUAAGAAGCCAGAACCGAGUGUUAUGUCUUCAGAGACCUCUGAAGAAAGUUUUGAGGAAGAGAAUAUCUUAAAGAGAGUUGGCAGCCUUCCCUUGGUUUGCUCCUUCUGUGACCUGGUGUCUUCAAACUACACCUCCAUCAAGAGAAAAAGCUCCUACCUUCAGACUGUGUGCGAUGGGGCAGAGAAAAGCAUGAAGACCCUCACAGGAGCUGCAGUCAGCAGGGCACAACCACUUUUGACUACCCUCGAACCUCAGCUUGCAACAGCAAACAAGUAUGCCUGUCGGGGCUUAGACACAAUGGAAGAGAAACUGCCCAUCCUUCAACAGACGGCUGAUCAGGUUGUCUCCGAUACAAAGGAGAUGAUGUCUUCUAAAGUCACAGGUGCCAAGAAUGCCGUAACCCGCAGAUUAUCAGGGGUGGUCUGUAUGACCAAAGACGCCAUGCAGGGUAGUGUGAAGACCACUGCAUCCUUGGUGACUGGUAGUAUGAGCCUGUUGAUGGGAACAAGUGUGGGUCAGAUGGCCAAGACUGGCAUGGACACAGUGCUGGACAGGUCCCAUGCAAUUGCAGAUCACUAUCUCCUGCGUGCUGAUGAAGAACCAAUUGAUCUUAGUCCAUGUUGUGACAGUAGCGUGGGAGAUUCUUGGCAGCAAAUGCAGAGGCAGAUUGCAAGUGAAGGGUACAUGGUCUGUUUUAUUUCUUUGCUGGACAAACUCCGCCGCUACGCUUCCAAGCAAUCUCGGCGCCACCUGAGACGCACAAGCCAGAGUCUCCAAAGGGUCCUUGAAAACUGCUAUGUGGAAUGGAAGGCGUGGCUAAUAGCCUUGUACUAUACGAUAACACUCCCACUGAGGACCAUCUACCUGAUCAUCUUGUUCACUGUUGAAGAAUUAUCGUCCAAGUUUCACGAGAACGUCCCUCAAGCCUCUUACGUCCUAGAAGAACUCCAGAUGGUGCUGUCCACUCUAGAUUGCCUGCAGGAUCUGUACUGCAGGAUCUUUACCAGAGUUUGGGAUAAAAUGGCAGAGGAGGAAAACCUGAAUGCACUCUUAAACUACGUAUCGCAAACCCUUCCCUUUUGUUUCUUUGCAAACCACUGCAAAUGUAGGACCUCUACCGGCAGUACCGCAAGGGCCCUAAAGACCAUGCAAAAGGUGCAGGCAUCGCGAGACAGCCUCCUUCGACUGCAAGAAUCUAGAAGCACCAACAUGGUAGCAGCGACCCCAACCACCUGA